UUGUUUUGCUUGACUGAGGAGAAGAAGUCAAUGAAAUGACGAUUUAAUUCUCUUUAAAUAUUGCAUACAUAUUGAAAAAUUAUACAUAAUGUGCUGACAUCUUGCUAUUUUCUCCAUCACUGAUUGAACACCACUGAAAGACUUUACCAUAAAGGCAGUAUAUACACCACCAGAAUGUCCGAAGAAACCACAUCCACUCCAGAAACCUCAGUAUCAGAACCAACAGCAACCACCACCACCACUCCUCCUGCAGACAGCACCCCACAACAAAGGAGGGCUGUCAAAAAACCUCCUGUAGAUCCUAGGAAUGACCCAUUCAGAUUUAAGGGUGAGGGUGUGGUGUACAAUGCCAAACUGAUAGGAGUGAGUGACGUCGCCGAUGCCAGAGGGGACAGGAUGUGUCAGGAAACCAUUCUGGCCCAGAAAAUGGCUGUAAAGGCUGCUGGUCAGCACAAACAGAGAAUUAUAAUUAACAUUUCAGAGGAGGGGAUCAAACUCAUUGACCUUAGAACAGCUACAUUAUUGCACCAUCAUCCUGUUCAUAAGAUCUCCUUCAUUUCACGGGACGUGAGUGACAGACGAGCAUUUGGAUAUAUAUACGGGACUGAGGAUAGAACUCAUAAAUUCUUUGGAAUCAAAACAGAAAAAGCGGCAGAAAAUGUGGUAUUGACUCUGAGAGACCUCUUCCAAGUGGUGUAUGAAAACAAGAAAAAAGAGAUGGAGGUGGCUAAACAGCAACAGACAGAUGACAAACCAAAAGAAGAAGCACCAAAGAAUGUUGUACAACUUGGUGGUGAUUUAACCACAGAGUCCUCAACAGAUGAUGAACCAGACUCAAAGGUUCCGCCUAACAAUGCUCCCGUGGAAAAAGAACCCACAGAUUUGUCUGCUCUGCAGACAGAGUUAGUCAGCAUUGCACAGGGAAUAAAACAAAUAGACAAGAUGGAGUCAUUAUUUGAUGAUAUUCAGACACCGCCCGCUCCUGCUGCCACAUCUUCUGAUCCAUGGGGAACGUCAGCAGCUCCAGCUGAACAAACCAAUCAGAGCAAGUCUGCCAGUUCUGACCUUGAUGAACUUAAUCUCUUCAGCAGUGAACCUGCCCCAGCUAAGAAGAAAGAUGAUAUCAUGAGUCUGUUUGGUCCAAGUGCUCAGGGUUUUGGCAGUCCUCAGCCAGGAUUUGGUGGUCCUCAGCAAGGGUUUGGUGGCCCGCAGCAAGGAUUUGGUGGUCCUCAACAAGGGUUUGGUGCUCCUCAACAAGGUUUUGGUGGCAAUCAACAACAGCAAGGUUUUGGAGCAUUUGGACAGCCAGCAACACCAUUUCCACCAACCAGCCAGGCAAACCCAUUUGCUGCUCAGCAAGGGGGAGGAUUUGGUGGACUUGCUCCACCACCAGUUCCACAAAGGCAACAACAACCAAUGAGCAGUCCAUGGGGAGGACAACAACAGCCACAUGUAUCUCAGCAGCAGAACUUCUCCUUGUUUGACGAACCUGUUCUAGCUCCAACCAAGGUGGAAGAUCCAUUUGCCGCUCCAGUAACAACUGCCUCUCAACCAAAGGAUGCAUUCGCUGACCUAUGUAGCAUUGGAUCUACAACGACAAAUAAGACUCCAAAAGACUUAUUUGCAGAGCGUAAUGCUCCUCCAAAAAAAUCUAUCAAUGAGAUGAUGCAAAAACCCACUCCAAAUCCUCAGCAGGCAAGUGAUCCAUUUGGCAAUGUUGAGGACUCAAGUCUUCCAGCUGCUGAAUUCUCCCCAUUCACUAGUAAAUUGUCUGACCCAUUUGAUACAUCUUUCCUCAAGUCUUCCCCUGCUUUACACAUACAGACCACUAGUGCUUCAAAUGUGUCUGCUUUUAGCAAAAGUACAGAGGAACUGACUCUGAAUCAGAAUUACUUUGAUAAUUCUGAUGACUUUGAUUUACCUUCUCCACAAGGACCUCCCCCUCCCUUACCAAAUGACCCCCCUCCUCCUGCUCCCCCACCCAGACCAAUUUCUUCUCAUACAGGAAAUCAGCUUCCCUCCCUGCCUGUUCCUCCACCAAGAAACUCAGAAAAUGUGCCAAAAACCGUGUCGCUUUCAUCCAAUUCACAAAUCAUGAAUGGUAAUACUCCAGUUCCACGGCCAAGACCAAGGUCACAUGUCGCAUCAUCUAUGCCAACUCCACUCCCCAGAAAUAAUGCGUCCUCACAGGAAGCACCACCAAAAGAACAAAGCACCAAAGAUUCACACUCGGAUUCUUUCAGCAGCUUCACAAUUGAGGAUCCCUUUACAACAAAUGACCCCUUUGCAGACACAGAUCCUUUCAAUUCAGAUGGAUUUGGGUCUUCUGCUUUUGACAUUUUGAAUUGUAGUGACCCCUUUGCGUCAUUUUCUAGUCCAGUUAAACACAAUUUAACCACUAAAAAUGGAGACUUUGUAAGUGAUGCAAGAAAUGAUCCCUUUUCAGCAUUUGAUAGCUCAUUUGGAGACUCGUUUAAUUGUAAGAGUGGUAGUUUAAAGAAAAAGAGUCAUCGAAAAUCUAGCGGUGGUAAAAAUAUGCCUGUGUCCGACCCCAAUGAUCCCUUUGGACUUUUGGUCGCAUCAAAACCAGUCCAGAAUGGUUCGUAAAAGGGUUUUAAACUUGAUUUUGUGCAGGAGCCAGUGUAUGCCACUGUUAACAAGAUAAAGUAAUGAUAAAGGACAACAACAAGUCUACAAACCAGCUGUGAUGAUGUAAACACCGUUAAUGUGACCUUCUUACUCAUAACAUGCUUCUUUUGAAUAAAUUCACAUGUUUAAAGGUGUUAGAUAUUGGGAGAUUUUUUUUAUUGUGACUUUUGAAACAGAAUGUUAUUGCUGCUGUGUGAUUUAAAAGUGUCUUAUUACACAUACUCAGCUAUUUUUUAGCUUUCCUCAUUUUGUUUUGUUUUCAAAAUAGCUUUGUUUUGUUAGAAAAUAUAAAUUUUACAUUUAUAUUAGGUUUUAGUUUUAAGCAAGAAGGUGGCAUGGAAAAUAGCUCUGUAUUUACAUGUGGAAAAUUAAUUCACCUUUCAAACAUUGUUGUAUUUAUUUUGGAAAAAGAAAUAAUGCUUCUGAAAUUUACGACAUGUAUUUAUAACAAUAGUCAGACCUCUGAAUAUUCUCUAAUACUUGAUAUGGAUUUGUCAUAUUCUGGAUUAUAUUGUGUGUGAUUUUUUCUUUUCUUUUUUUUGAUUUUUGCAAGUCUUCCUUGACAGUUAAAGUAUCACUGUAUUGAGAUAAUGACAGACUCUAGAUGCUUUGUUCCUGUUCACUCCAUUAAUGCCUCUUAUGAAACACACAGGAUAUUUAUAACCUUAUAUAAUUCUCAUUAGAAGUUUUAAAAAAAAAGAUUUUUGACCACACUGAUCCCAGAAUUUUGAAACCGGUUUUGAAACUGUGAUAAGUAUUUUCUGCAUUCUUCAUGGAAAUAUGUAGGUUGUAUUUUUCAACUUUGAUUUCAAAUUAUCAGUAUUUUAUCAACUAUGCAUUAUGAACAUUAUAUACAGGUUGAUUUUUUUUUUCAACAUUUUCUUGGAAACAAUCCUAUUUUUGUCUUCCACCACUAUAAGUGACCACCAGAUGAAUACAAACUAAUAAUACUGUAAAGAAAAUACUCUUUAGUGCUGUAAAAAUACAUAUUUGUUCAAGAAUAAGUGCAAUAAAGUAGUGAAGUAGAUUAUUAAUUAAAUAUUUAUAAUUAUAUGCACAUAUAGCUGUUUUAUUUGUGUGGAUUGUUAACAGGGUUUGUUAGCAAGCUCUGAGAUUGAUUUCAGUUACAGUGCAAUAAUAAAAUAUCUACAUAUUGUUGUCAUCUAACGAAAACACGCCUUACAAUAAAAUGUAUAAGAGA